AUGACGAAGGUAAAAGAAGAAGAGGCGGGAUCUUAUAGCAUGAACGAUAACAACGACUAUAUUUGCAGUAAUAACGAUCACAGUAACGGUGACGACCAAGAUGUUAAUAGGAAGAAGAAGCAAGGUUGGGGCACGUGGGAGGAGCUUUUAUUGGCAUGCGCCGUUAAACGACACGGGUUUUGUGACUGGGACUCCGUCUCCACGGAGGUUCGAUCCCGCACCUCCUCCAUCUCCGCCUUAUUAUUCUCCGCUGAUAAUUGUAAGCACAAGUAUCAAGAUCUCAAACGUCGCUUCAACGAAUCCUCCUCCGACGGUGAGGCGGUUACGGAUAUACCAUGGCUUGAGGAGCUGCGUAGCCUCCGUGUGGCGGAGCUCCGGCGAGAGGUUGAACAGUACGAUGUUUCGAUACUAUCGCUUCAGAAGAAGGUUAAGAAGCUAGAGGAGGAAAGAGACGGCGGCGGGAAGCUAGAUCUGCAGAAGGACGGCGGUGAAAAGGCGGUUACGACGGCGGAGGAGUCUGACCGGGAAAACAGGUCGAUGAACGAGUCGAACUCGACAGGCUCCGCCGAGAAAACCGUCGGCGGAGACGGUGAGCAGGCUCGUGGUGGUGACGCGGAUCCCGAUCCGGUGAAUACGGCGGAGGAAGGAUCGGAGGGGAGUCUCUCGGGAGAGUUGGGAGAGUCAGGGACGUCGGGGAGGAAGUGGAGAAGGAAGCGACGGAAAGAUAGUGACGGAGAGAUCAGAUCGGCGGCGAGUGAAUCACAGCCGUUGAUACGUCUUCUUGAUUUGAUUCGGUCCCAUCCGCGUGGAUCUUUGUUCGAACGCCGGGUUCGAAGCCAGGAGACUGAGGAUUACAAGAGUUUGGUUAAGCAACAUUUGGACAUUGAGACAAUACAGAGGAAGUUGAAGCAAGGAUCGUAUGAUUCUUCAAGGCUCACUUUUUACAGAGAUCUUCAGCUUCUCUUCACAAACGUUAUUACCUUCUUCCCUUCAUCUUCAUCAGAAUCAAUGGCUGCUCAUGAGCUAAGAUCCAUUGUCUCUGAAGAAAUGAGGAAAGAGAGCGGGAAACCGAGUCCCCGGGUGUUAAAAGCAUCUGCAGCUAUGACUAGUAUCAAAGCAGAUGCUGCAGAGACAUCAGAACAGAAGUCUUCAGCUCCUCUUGUCGCUUGUAAGAGGAGAAGAUUUGUUUCCGCUAAGGCUAAGGCUUCUCCAUCGUCGUCAAGCUUUAGUCAGAAAGAGGAGACGAAAGAAGAGACAUUAUCAGAGGAGAAUGAGAACGUUGAGACUGGUGGAAGAAGCUCGAAAAGAACAGUUAACAAUACAAAGACGGGUAAAGGGAAGAAUAAACAGAAACAGGAGGAAGCGAAAACAGAGAAGAAGGUGGUGGUUUCAUCAGAUAAGAAGAAGAGUGUGGCUGACUUCUUGAAGAGGAUAAAGAAGGGCUCUCCGCAAAAGGAAGACAAAGAUCAGAAUAAGAGCGGUGGUAACGGUAAGAAAGAGAGUAAAGCGAAACCAAGAGAACUUAGAAGCAACAAUGUGGGUAGGGGUAAAAAGAAGGCAGAGGUGGAGAAUACUACUCCGGUGAAAAGAGCUCCCGGGAGACCACCACAGAAGAAAACCGUGGAGGCAGCCACCGCAACUGCCUCAGGGAAACGAGGUAGGGAAAGUGGAAGCACAGGAAAGGACAACAAACAGCCAAAGAAAAGAAGCAGGAGAUGA